ACUUAAUAUCACAAUUUUCCCAUCCAAAAACUUGCUGGUUGACGUAGAGAAACAUGUUCGCUUGACCGCUCUGUGUUAAAACUUCACAAAGAAACACCGGCUGUGUUUCGGUUGCUAAAGGCAGCUGCAAUCCACCGCUUUCCACCAACAGCAUUGUUCUUUAUAGUCUCCAUUAUUAAUUGAACAAAUUGCAAAAGAUUCAGCAAUACAGAUGUCCAAAUUACUGUGUAAUUAUGCGAUGAAAAGAGACGACUUUUAGCCGUAAGUGGUGCUGGGCUAAUAUGUCCGCUACAACCCAAGACGUCACAAACGCGUUAUCAUACAGGUCAUCAUUCCGCGACGUUUUCAACAGGAAACUCCGCGGGAAAUUUAAAAUUGCAAUUUAGUAAACUAAAAAGGCCGUAUUGGCAUGUGUUGCAAUGUUAAUAUUUCAUCAUUGAUGUAUAAACUAUCAGACUGCGUGGUCGGUAGUAGUGGGUUUCAGUAAGCCUUUAAUGAACAAUGCUGGCAGUCUUGUUGCUAAAUAUUAGUAAGCGAAAUAUAUUGGUGUAAAUUCAUUAAUUAAAGCAAAUGUAUUAAUUAUUGACCAGAACAUUCAAUUUAUUAAAACAAUUAUUAAAUAAAUGUAUUUACACAGACAUGAAAAGAAAGACAUGAUUUGUCAAAAUGCACAGUAAUGUUGUAAGUAAAAAAAAACAAGAUAUUACUACAAACCCCGUUUCCAUGAGUUGGGAAAUUGUGUUAGACAUAAAUAUAAACGGAAUACAAUGAUUUGACAGUGACACGGACACAGAGAAGGCUCAAACAGACCACCUUGACUGGGGAGGCAUGGGAAGUGAAGUGCAAUUGCGGAAAGAUCUGCAAAGGUGCAAGAGGGCUCAAAAUACACCAGAGCAAAGCCAAGGACAAGGCCAAGUGUGGACAGGGACGGACACAGGCACACCGCUCAGACGAACAGUCUGGUGAGACGCAGGAGAACCCUAGGCAGGAAGCAAACCAUAGUCCUAGAGAUCUCUCAGUGCUUGCAAUCCCCCAAAACCCCACAAGGACAACCUCAAAUGCCAUCCCAGAAAGCCCACCCCAGCCAACGAAGGAAAGAAUCAAGUGGCCUAAGAUGAGUGAGACCAAGGAGUGGUCCAUGCUCGAUGAAGAUCUGGAAAGGGUGCUUGAAAUGGUUCAAGCAGGUUCAGUAGAAAGGAAGGUGGAUUCACUCACAGCCAUCACCUACAACUUGGGAAAAGAGCGGUUUGGAACAGUGCCAAGGAGAGAGAACAAAGACAGACCAGAAAAGCAGGAAAACAGAAGAGAAAGAAAGAUCAAACAAAUUCGGAAGGAGAUUAAAACCCUGAGAAAGCAAUUCAAAUUGGCAAGCAUGGAAGAAAAGGAAGGUAUAAAAGAACUGACAGCCAGCCUCCGCGAGCAGCUCAUCAGGCUGAGAAGGGCUGAAGGGCAAAGGCAAAGGCGGAAAAGGCAGGAAGCUGCACGAGCCCAGUUCAUAAAAGACCCCUAUCGCUUCACCAAGUCACUUUUGGGAGAGACGAGGUCAGGGACUCUAACAAGUUCUAAGGAGGAGGUGGAGGAGUUUGUUGAAGAGACAUUCAGUGACCCUUCAAGAAACAAUGCCCUACCAGGAAAUCUCGGGCUUGGUACCAUCAGUCCACCAACAUCCUCCCUCAGCACAGAAUAUCCAUCAUGGAGAGAGGUUCAAGAGGUUGUCAAGCACGCAAGAUCAGCUUCUGCCCCAGGUCCCAGCGGUAUACCCUACAAAGUAUACAAGAAAUGCCCUAAGCUCCUACACAGGCUGUGGAAGCUUAUGCGGGUUAUAUGGGCCAAAGGAACCGUACCAACAAGCUGGAGAAGGGCAGAAGGGUGCUUUGUGCCGAAAGAACGGGGAUCCACAAAGAUCAGCCAGUUCCGAACCAUUUCCUUGCUAAGUGUGGAGGGGAAAAUCUUCUUUUCAGUGCUGGCCAAAAUAAUGAGCUCCUUUAUGACCCGGAAUGGAUAUAUUAACACCUCUAUCCAGAAGGGCGGUAUCGAAGGGUUCUCCGGGUGCCUGGAGCAUACAGGGCUCCUCAGCCAACUUAUCCAAGAAGCAAAGGAGAAGAAAGGCAACCUAACAGUAGUCUGGCUUGAUUUUGCUAAUGCAUAUGGGUCAAUUCCCCAUAACGUGAUCCAAGUGGCUAUGGACCAUUACCACAUCCCACAUCACAUCCAGGGGAUGAUCACCAGCUACCUGGGAGACAUCAAGCUACGAUUCCAAGCAGCCAUGUUCACAACUAAAUGGCAGCCAGUGGAGAAGGGAAUAGUGACAGGGUGCACCAUCUCUCCCAUCUUGUUUGUCAUGGGAAUGAACCUGAUCAUCUCUGCAGCGAUCAUAAAGUCAAGAGGACCAAAGACUGCAGCAGGAAGUCAACAACCAGCAAUCAGGGCAUUCAUGGAUGAUCUUACCGUGAUAACACCAACUCACGUGCAGGCGAGAUGGGUCCUGGCGGAACUGGAUCGUAUGGCUACUUGGGCAAAGAUGAUCUUCAAGCCCAAGAAAUCAAGGUGUCUGGUGAUCCAAAAGGGAAAAACAACGGGAAAGUUCAAGUUGCUUGUUCAGGGGGAAGCAAUCCCAAACAUCCAAGGGAACCCUAUUAAAUGCCUUGGAAAGUGGUAUGAUGAUUCCAUGACGGAUAAAAACAGCAUCUCCAGCACCGAAAAUCAGGUUGAAGAAUGGUUGAAAAGGAUUGACAAGUCUGGUCUGCCUGGGAAAUACAAGUGCUGGAUCUACCAGCACGGCUUACUCCAAAGACUUAUGUGGCUUCUCACCGUGUACGAAGUGGCGAUAACAACAGUUGAAGGGUUGGAGAGGAAGCUCAACAAGCACCUUCGGAAAUGGUUGGGGAUACCCCCGAGCUUUACAUCUACGGGGCUCUACAUAAGGUCGGGCCAGCUCCAGCUCCCCCUGUCUUCAGUUCUGGAGGAGUUUAAAGUCGCAAAAUGCAGACUUUCCCUGACGUAUAGGGACUCCCAAGAUCGGCUGAUCAGGGAAGCUGGAAUAAGAACAAGAUCUGGCAGGAAGUGGGCCGCUAGCACUGCUAUUGCCCAGGCAGAAUCAUCUCUCAGGACCAAAGAUACCAUCGGAAGCCUCUGCACUGGAAGACAGGGUCUAGGAACAUCACAUUUCCAGCAGUGGUCCAAGUCCACUCCCAGGGAAAGGAGGACCUUGAUUCAGGAUGAAGUCCGAAACCUUGAGGAAGAAGGAAGGAGAGCUAAAGCCAUCGAGCUCGCAACCCAAGGUGCCUGGACAAGGUGGAACCUUCCCAAGAGGAACGUGACGUGGAGUGAACUGUGGAGGCUGGAGCCGUUUCGUAUCUCAUUCCUGCUUCGAGCAGUAUAUGACACCCUGCCGACCCCAGUCAACUUGCAUAGGUGGGGAAUGAGGGAGGACCCGCUGUGCAGGUUGUGUGGCGGUAAAGGAACUAUGGCGCACAUUCUGUCUGGGUGCAAAACAGCAUUGACCCAGGGAAGAUACAGGUGGCGCCAUGACAAGGUGUUGGCAAUGCUCGCAGACAUCUUGGAGCAAGAGAGGAGAAAGAAACAUCCAGCCAAAACAAAACCAUUGCUGAGCACCAUCACCUUCGUGAAAGAGGGUCAUAGACCAGUUGUCCAAGGCCAAGCCAACCAAAACCUCUUGCAGUUGGCCCAGGGAUGGGAGAUGGAGGUCGACCUGGGGCGGAAGCUCCUCUUCCCAGAGGCAGUACUGUCCACCACUCUGAGACCAGACAUAGUCUUGUGGUCCCCAGAGGGAAAGAAAAUCAUCAUGGUGGAGCUUACUGUCCCAUGGGAGGAGGGAUGUGAGGAAGCGGCAGAGAGGAAGGAAACAAAGUACCAACAACUUGUCCAGGACUGCCGGGACAAGGGGUGGACAGCAUGGCUGAUGACAGUGGAAGUUGGUUGUCGAGGAUUCCCUGCGCAAUCUGUGUGGAAUAUGAUGACAAAGGUUGGAUUGAGAGGUCACUUGAGAAAAACAGCCGUUCGUAGGCUGGGAGAAGCGGCGGAGAGAGCCUCCUGUUGGCUCUGGCAUAAAAGAGAGGACAAUAGCUGGAAGCCUGGAUGAGAGGAGCAGUGAUCUGGCCAAUCACUGCUGACCCACCAACCGGAGAGUGUUGUGGUUAAGGGUCGAAACACUCUGUGAACGUUGGGGACCACCUGAUGACCUCUUGUCCAGGCCAAAGCUUUAUCCAUUAGAAAUGGAUUAUAAUAGCAUCUUUGAUGUAUUUGCAAACUGCAAAUCCUUUUCAACCCAUAUUCAGUUGAAUAUGCUACAAACACACUAUGCUACUUUUUCCAAAUAAUCAUUAACUUUGGAAUUUGAUGCCACAACACGUGGCUUUAAAGAAGUUGGGAAAGGUGGCAAUAAAUACUGAUAAAGUUGAGGAAUGCUCAUCAAACACUUAUUUGGAACAUUCCACAGAUUUGCAGGCUAAUUGGGAACAGGUGGGUGCCAUGAUUGGGUAUAAAAGCAGCUUCCGUGAAAUGCUAAGUAAUUCACAAACAAGGAUCGGGCAGGCGUCAGCAAUUUGUAAGCAAAUUGUCGAAUAGUUUUAGAACAACAUUUCUCAACGAGCUAUUGCAAGGAAUUUAGGGAUUUUAGGGAAGUUUUGUUGUACUUGUUGCAAUGACAAUAAAGACCUACCUACCAAACUACCUAACAUCUACGGUCCAUAAAAUCAUCAAAAGGUUCAGAAAAUCUGGAGAAAUUUCUGCACGUAAGCGAUGAUAUUGCAGACGUUUGAUCCCUCAGGCGGUACUGCAUCAAAAACCGACAAUGUGUAAAGUAUAUCACCACAUAGGCUCAGGAACACGUCAUAAAACCACUGUCAGCAACUACAGUUGGUCGCUAUAUCUGUAAGUGCAAGUUAAAACUCACUAUUCAAAGCGAAAGCCAUUUAUCAACAACACCCAGGAACACCGCCAGCUUCGCUGGGCCCGAGCUCAUCUAAGAUGGACUGAUGCAAAGUGGAAAAGUGUUCUGUGAUCUGACAAGUCCACAUUUCAAAUUAUAUUUGGAAACUGUGGACGUGGUGUCCUUCGGAACAAAGAGGAAAAUAACCAUCCGGAUUGUUAUAGGCGCAAAGUUCAAAAGCCAGCAUCUGUGAUGGUAUGGGUGUGCAUUAGUGCCCAAGACAUGGGUAACUUACACAUCUGUGAAGGCACCAUUAAUACUGAAUGGUCCAUACAGGUUUUGGAGCAACAUAUGUUGUCAUCCAAGCAACGUUAUCAUGGACGCCCCUGCUUAUUUCAGCAAAACAAUGCCAAGCCACGUGUUACAACAGCGUGACUUUGUAGUAAAAUAGUGCGUGUACUUUCCUGGCCCGCCUGCAGUCCAGGCAGGUCUCCCAUCGAAAAUGUGUGGCGCAUUAUGAAGCGUAAAAUACGACAACAAGACCCCAGACUGUUGAACAACUUAAGCUGUACAUCAAACAAGAAAGGUAAAGAAUUCCACUUUCAAAGCUUCAACAAUUAGUUUCCUCAGUUCCCGAUUGUUUAUCGAGUGUUGUUAAAAGAAAAUGUGAUGUAACACAGUGGUGAACAUGCCCUUUCCUAACUACUUUGGCACGUGUUGCAGCCAUGAAAUUCUAAGUUAAUUAUUAUUUGAAAAAAAAUAACGUUUGUGUUUGAACAUCAAAUAUGUUGAAAAGGAUUUGCAAAUCAUUGUAUUCCGUUUUUAGUUACAUCUAACACAAUUUCUUAACUCAUAUGGAAACGGGGUUUGUACAUUAUUGCAGUCAGUUGUGUUUUUUUCAGCGCAGAAAUCUCUUUUUGGCAGCACUGUCAUCUUUGAAUGUUCUUGCACCAACGAUUCAUCAGCCGUAAGCGUAUUUGUCUGCUGCAGCACCUUUGUCGUUGGGAGUCAUCUGUCCGCUCAGCUUCAUUAAAAGCUUCACAAUGAGGCCAGCCUGUCAGGAAAUACAAUAAGAAACGUCAGUCUAAAUAAGUGUUUUAAUACUUAAUUAUUAGUGCAUCCGGAAAAUAUUCACAGCGCUUUACUUUUUCCACAUUUUAUGUUACAGCCUUAUUCCAAAAUAUAAUAAGUUCAAUUUUGUCUUCAAAAUUCAACACACAAUAGCCUAAAAUAAUGACAUAAAAAAUAUUCAUUUUCUAAUUUUGCGACGUAAUUAAAUAGAAGAAACUAAGAAAUCUCAUGGACGAAAGUAUUCACAGUCUUUGUCAUGAAAGUUAAAAGUGAGCUCAGAGGUAUCCUGUUUCAACGGAUCAUCCUUGAGAUGUUCCUAAUGAUUAAGUGGAGUCCACCUGGGAUAAAUGAUGGUUUGGAAAGGCGCACAUCUGUCUAUAUACAGUACAGGGCGGCAUAGCUCGGUUGGUAGAGUGGCCGUGCCAGCAAUUUGAGGGUUGCAGGUUCGAUUCCUGCUCCCGCCAUCCUAGUCAUUGCCAUUGUGUCCAUGGGCAAGACACUUUACCCACCUGCUCCCAGUGACACCCACACUGGUUCAAAUGUAACUUAGAUAUUGGGUUUGACUAUGUAAAGUGCUUUGAGUCACUAGAUAAAAGCGCUAUAUAAAUAUAAUUCACUUCACACUUAGUUUCACUACAAAAAGUUCCCAAACUUGACAAAGCAUGGCAGAGCACAAACCAAGCAUAAAGUCAAAGAAAUUGGUUGUAGACUUUUGACACAGGAUUGUCUCCAGGUAAAAAUCUGGGGAAGGGUAGAGAAAAAUAUUUGCUGCCUUGAAGAUCCCGAUGAGCACAGUGGCCUCCGUCAUCCAUAAAUGGAAGAAGUUUGGAAUCACCAGGACUCUUCCUAACGCUGGCCUACAGUCUAAACUGAGAAGGGCCCUAGUCAGGUUAAGUGACCAAGAAACCAAUGGUCGCUCUGUCAGAGCUACAGCGUUUCUCUGUGGAGAGAGGAGAACCUUCCAGAAGGACAAUCAUCUCAUCAUGCCAAAAUGCACUUAAAAAAAACUCAGACAGUGAAAAACGUGAAUGCCAGGUGUUAUGUUUAGAAGAAACAAAGCACGGCUCAUCACCAGGCCAAUACAAUUCCUACAUUGAAGCCUGGUGGGGAUGCUUUUCAGAAGCAGGAAUUCCAUCCAUCCAUCCAUCUUCUUCUGCUUAUCCGAGGUUGGGUCACGGGGGCAGCAGCCUAAGCAGGGAAGCCCAGACUUACCUCUCCCCAGCCACUUCGUCCAGCUCUUCCUGGGGGAUAACGAGGCUAUCCCAGGCCAGCUGAGAGACAUAGUCUUCCCCAACGUGUCCUGGGUCUUUCCCGUGGCCUCCUACCGGUCGAAUGUGCCCUAAACACUUCCCUAGGGAGGCGUUUGGGUGGCAUCCUGACCAGAUGCCCGGACCACCUCAUCUGGCUCCUCUUGAUGUGGAGGAGCAGCAGCAGCUUUACUUUGAGCUCCUACCGGAUGGCAGAGCUUCUCACCCUAUCUCUAAGGGAGAGCCCCGCCACCCGGCGGAGGAAUCUCAUUUCGGCCACUUGUACCCGUGAUCUUGUCCUUUCGGUCAUAACCGAAAGCUCAUGACCAUAGGUGAGGAUGGGAACGUAGAUCGACCGGUAAAUUGAGAGCUUUGCCUUCCGGCUCAGCUCCUUCUUCACCACAACGGAUUGAUACAGCGUCCGCAUUACUGAAGACACUGCACCGAUUCGCCUGUCGAUCUCACAAUCCACUCUUCCAUCACUGUUGAACAAGACUCCGAGAUACUUGAACUCCUCCACUUGGGGCAGGGUCCCCUUCCCAACCCGGAGAUGGCACUCCACCCUUUUCCGGGAGAGAACCAUGGACUCGGACUUGGAGUGCUGAUUCUCAUCCCAGUCGCUUCACGAACCGAUCCAGUGAGAGCUGAGGAUCCUGGCCAGAUGAAGCCAUAAGGACUACAUCAUCUGCAAAAAGCAGAGACCUAAUCCUGCAGCCACCAAACCGGAUCAACUCAACGCACUGCCUGCACCUAGAAAUUCUGUCCAUAAAAGUUAUGAACAGAAUCGGUGACAAAAGGCAGCCCUGGUGUAGUCCAACCCUCACUGGAAACGUGUCCGACUUACUGCCGGCAAUGCGGACCAAGCUCUGACACUGAUCGUACAGGGAGCUGACCGUCACAAUCACACAGUUCGAUACCCCAUACUCUUUGAGCACUCCCCACAGGACUUCCCGAGGGACACGGUCGAAUACUUUCUCCAAGUCAGGACCCGUCCCCCCCACCCGAAGGUGGAAGGAAGCUACCCUCUCGUCCACCGGGUUGAACUCCAACGUGCAGGCUUUGUAAUUGCUGCCAAAAGGUGCAUCAGCCAUGUGUAGAGUAAAAGGUGUGAAUACUUAUUUCUUAGUUUCUUAUUUUCGAUAAAUUUCAAAAAGUUCUUAAAAUGUUUCACAUUGGAAUGUCAUACUUUCUGAGUGCACUGUAAUUUGGUGUUGAACAGAACCGGAGAGAGGAUGUUAUAGAGACUGUUACCUGUUUUGUGUGCACGAUGAAAUUCAUUUUGUUCUCACCGCUGUGUAUUUGGAAAUACUGGUCGGCCUGUCCCAGUUGCCACAUGAAUGUGCCGUACUCUAAACUGAUGAGAAGCGCCUGUGGGUUCAUGGACGAAACAAUAUUGACCACCCCAAAUAAAAAGUCCAAACUAACAACCUCAAUUGAGAUGACAAGACACCUUGGUCUCCAUAUUCAUGAGGUGCAGGCCCUUUGUGUUGACGCCGACAUAGACGCGGAUGACUUUGUGGUUGCUGGCGCUGGCCUUGGUGUACACCUGACCUGUGAAGAAAGCUGCUCCGUAGGUGGGGAUGUCCCAGCAGUUCUGCAGGAAGAGUCGCUGCAGGUGGUGCAUCUCCUUGCUCACGCCCUCGCUGGUACUCAGUGCCUGGACAACAGAUAGAUUAAGGCUCAGAGCUUAAAAAAGAGGUCUUCUGAUGAAAACCUACUUUGUACUCAUGGAGAAUCCUGUUGGUCCAGUGGUACGCUUUGCUUUUCACCUUUAAUAUCGGCACAAUGGACUUCAGGUUUUCCUCACUGUUAGGAAACGGCACUUUACUAAAAAGCAGUGCUACUGUGACAGCAACAAUUGUACAAAUGGAGUUUCCGUACUUGAGGAAGCCCUGCUUAUGUUUCUUGCUCUCGUAGUUGCCAUAGAUGAUCUGCAGCAGGAAGCUAGCCAGCGUGAUCAGUUUGCUGUCCGGCGCCGGAAAGAAGCCCUUCAGGAGUGAGUGGCGAGCCUCGUCGAAGAGUAUGAGGAUGGCCAGCGGAUCCUCCACCUGGGACAGGAAGAAUGACAGGGCCCCUUCCUGCUCCAUCACUGUUAAGGAUAAGUGACUGUUCGCUGUUGCAAAAAAGCUAAGUAUCGUUCUGUGUGCUUCUAAUUCUUUUACAGCUUUCUUUACUCCUUCCCAAACAUACUUAGUAGGCUUAUUUAACUUGCAAAUCACCUGAUCUUUGUGUCACCGCCCCGCUCUCAGCUAGCUAGCUGCUAAGCUAACGAAGCUAGUGCAGAGAAGGCGGCGUCGGUAUGAAGGAAUCUGCUCCCUGCUCUUCGUGCACCAUUCUCAUGGAUAGGUUGGCUCUGCAAGAGGGCCGUGUCUGCCAGUUAGAGCAGAGUAAUCUUGUAACUUUAGAUGUUGCGGACACAUCUGUUAGCGUUAGCUCUAGCAAGCUAACCAGCCCAGCUUAUAGCAGCCCUAAGCGGCCUGUAAGCAACAGUGAACCAGUUGAGACGCAUAAUAGAUUAAGCCCUUUAGCUAGUCCUACACCCCAAUCAACUAGGCACCACACUUUAGUCAUAGGGAACUCCAUUACCCGAAACAUAAAGCUUAGCAAACCAGCCACAAUUAAGUGUAUUCCCGGGGCCACAGCACCUGAUAUUGAAGUUAAUCUUAGGGAGCUAACUCGCAAUAGGCCAGGUAAACACGUACAACAAGCUAAUUUCUUCAAACUUAUGAUUAAAAUUCAAAAAAAUUAUUCUGGCAAAUCUAGAAAAUCUAUAGAAUCAAAUUUAAAUCUUAUUUCAAAAGUGGUUUUUAACCUAUAUAAAACAUGUAAUCAAAAUUCUAAAAUUAUUCUUAUUCAAGAAAAAUUACUAAUGAUGUUCCAUAAAUUAUUUUUUUGAUUUUUUUCAAAAACAUUCGAAUCAGCCAGUUUUUUUCCUAAUUUUUUUUCGGUUGAAUUUUGAAUUUUAAAGAGUCGAAAUUGAAGAUAAUCUAUGUUUCAAGAUUUUAUUUUAUUUUUUUUUUCGGGUUUUCUCCUCUUAAACCGUUCAAUCAAGUGUUUUUUUCAUAAUUUAUUCUCUACAAAAAAGCUUCCGUAAAAGAAAUGAAAAAAUGUACGACGGAAUGACAGACAGAAACACCCAUUUUUUAUAUAUAUAUACCUACACACAGUAUAUAUAUAGAUUUGUUUAUUAAAGGUAAAUUUAGCAAAUUGGCUAUUUCUGGCAAUUUAUUUAGGUGUGUAUCAAACUGGUAGCCCUUCGCAUUAAUCAGUACCCAAGAAGUAGCUCUUGGUUUCAAAAAGGUUGGGACCCCUGUCCUACGGUGUGUAAAUGGGAUAAAACAAACAUGUUUACUUGACCCACUUCCUGGGAAACUUAUCAAGGAACUGUUUGUAAUAUUAGGACCAUCCAUCCAUCCAUCUUCUAUCGCUUUUCCCUUUUGGGGUUGCGGGGGGUGCGGGACCAUCAGUGCUAAAUAUUAUUAACUUAUCACUUUCCUCUGGCACUGUUCCCCUAGCAUUUAAAAAAUAAGUUAUAUAUCCUCUGCUCAAAAGACCUAACCUCAAUCCUGACAUCAUGAUAAACUACCACCUUCCGUUUAUUUCGAAAAUCCUCCAAAAAAUUGUUGCACAACAACUAAAUGAACACCUAGCAUCUAACAAUCUCUGUGAACCCUUUCAAUCCGGUUUCAGGGCAAAUCACUAAAUGGUGACAGCCCUCGCAAAAAUGACUAAUGAUCUAUUGUUAACUAUGGAUGCUGAUGCGUCAUCCAUGUUGCUGCUUCUUGAUCUUAGCGCUGAUUUCGAUACCGUCGAUCAUAAUAUUUUAUUUGAGCAUAUGGGGACGUCUCUGCGCUGCUGACCUGUGUCCACUUAAGGUGAUGCUGGCCCCACUAUGGACUGGACUCUCACACUAUUAUGUUACUGUACAUUCAAUCAAUCAAUCAAUGUUUAUUUAUAUAGCCCCAAAUCACAAAUGUCUCAAAGGACUGUACAAACCAUUGAGUUUUUUCUUGCCCUGAUGUGGGAUCUGAGCAGAGGAUAUUGGUGUGGCUUGUGCAGCCCUUUGAAACACUGAUUUGAUUUAGGGCUAUACAAGUAAACUUUGAUUGAUUCAAGGAUAAUCGCAGCAAAUUUUCGUCGACAUAGUCACUGUUUGCUGCGGCGAGCAGAACUGGUCUUAUCUUAACAUAAUGGUUUUAUCCAAGGUGGGAGAAAUGUUUGAGAAUUUAGUUUGAAUUAAAUAACUGUUAAUUGGGUCCAAAACAUGCAUUUAAUUGAAUACUGAAUCAAAUUCUGCUAAGACCACUUAUUUAGCCAGGGAUGGAUGCCCCUCCCCUGCAAACAGUUGUUCAAAAAUGUCUUGCUAAGAUGAAGAAUGAAGAGUCAUGAGAUAAUUAUUUUAAAUGCAAAUAGGGAUGGGUACUGUUCAAAUUUGAACUGAUAGUAAAUGAGAAUCGAUACCGGUACUCAACAGUUCCAAAUGUUGGUGUUUUUGUGUGUGUCAAAAUAUAUUGUUUUUGAUGAUAAAAUCACAUUUUUAUUGCAAACAUUCAAAAAUGAGCCUAUUAUGAUAACUGCUGUCCAGUUGUUAUUUCUUGUUUAAUUUUGACAGAAAAUGGAUGGAUCUCUGAGUCUCCGUUACAGUUGCAAGUCCAAGACGUUAGAUGGCAGUCAUCAAUUCUUAAUGAUGUGUUGGCCAAUCAGUUCAGUCUUGCUGGAUCUAAUUUUGGUUGCUUCCUAAAAAGUGUUAAAAACUGUAAGUAUUAAGUUAUUAUUACGCACAACCUGUUUGAAUGUAGCCAGCAUCUUAUUUGUAGUUUUCGUUAACAAAUUUGGAGGUAUAAAAAUCGCCAUUUAAAAUCACUAAUGCUCACCAAUAAAUUGUCGAUAGCAAAGCCAAUGGGUAUUAGCGUUAAGCUGUCACAUUUUUAGAAAAGUUGCGCCUUAUCUUACUUGCGUUGGAGUGCUUUUUGUCACUUUUUUUGUUAGCAUUUCUUAUCAUUACCUUGAGGUGUUUUGGCUGAGUCUGCUCUCAGUGCUGCUAAAGUGAUCGCCGAGUGCCAAAGCGCGAAGAUCAACCGGCCGUGACGUCACGCGCAACCAAGGUACUAGAACAUAACACCGUUGGAUUUAGUGGAGCGGAGGGGCUCAGCGGGUAGAGUGGCCACCCAGAAACUUGAGAGUUCCUGGUUUCAUUCCAGCUUCUGCCAUCUUAUCACUGCCGUUGUGUCCUUGAACAGGACACUUCACCCACCUUGCUCCCAGUGCCACCUUUACGUGAAUCGGUGCAAGAGGCAGGCGAACAUCCCGCCGGAGGAAGAGUUGGGGCGUCUCUCUCUGAGGGUCCAGCACCGUCAGAUCCGUCACUAUCUCAGUCCAGAUGCGCAGGUGCUGCAGGGGCUUGUGAUACGGCUUCAACUGCAGAUCCAGAUGGUGAAGUACUGCUGAGUGUCCUGGGAAAGACGCAUGCCCUCCAUGAUCUGCUGCACCGUGGUGUUAUUGCCGUGCUUCAGCUCCACGGAGCGAUACGAGCCGUCCAUGCGGUAGAUGCGCACCUUCUCGUACUGUACGGUCCAAACCAAAAAUACUUUCAACUUUCCAGUGAACCUACUACAGGAAGCGCCUUGCUGUGGUGGGUUACAAACUCCAGUGUUACUCACAGGUUUGCUGCUGGCCUGCUGCAAAAGCUUCACCGUCUCCUCCCAUUCGUUCUGUUUGUUCUCCUGGCACACUUGCAUUGGCGAUCGCUUCUGCUGGUCUUCAAUGUGCUAAUUCAAUAUAACGAGAGGUUACAUAAGUUACAACUUAAUGUACACUACCUUGAUUAGAAUUUAUCCUCACUAUUUGGACAUACAAAAAAAACCCAAAGCUCUUAUUAAGAUGGACAGUUGGGAAUACCAUCAGCAAAAACAUGGCAGGUAACUCCUAAUUAGGGUUUUCAUGAUACCAACAUUUCUGUAGUCGAUAUCGAUACUUACAAACUCUCCCGAACUUAGAUACAAUAAAGAAAAAUACUGAAGUCAUGUACUUUUAAAUUCACUUCUUAGUUAAAACUAGGGAUGAUGUUCGAAAACCAGUUCUCCAAUUGUUGGAUAGGAAAAGAACCAAUUCCAUGGAUUCAAAUCCCGUUUCGAGAAACGGUUCAUGUUAUCAAAGAUUUGGUUCUUUAUUUGAAUCCGGUGUCAAGAGGAAAUGACGCAGCUCAGUCAUUCGGCGGCAGAUACAGAAGCAGCAACAACAAUGGACCUGAAAAAACGCUCCUAGGCAUGGCUUCACUUUAGUAAGAAAUACGACGAGAAAAUGCCUAUCUGCAAUUAUUGCCAGGCUUCGCUUUCCUGUAAAGGGAGCAGUACAACAAACAUGUUAAAACAUGUUCAGGCCGUACAUAACCUGAAGGUUAGAGAAACGUGUUGUCUUCGACACAUGGAGAAGCAGUGACAGAUGACGAAGCACGCCCCUCUUCCUCUGCUUCAACCGGCAGUCCCACUGAUAAUGCCGGUGAGUAACUAAUGUUAACGGCUGCCGGUUCAUUUCCAUAUAUGCUCACUUGUAGCCUUCAGGUUAAAAAAACGUUACCUCUUAUUACAACCAGGACUGCAAUAAUGUUAGCUAGACUAACUUCAGUGGCUAACGGUAACGUUAGCCUUUUUGUUUUUUGUCUGAUAACAUAAACAGUAUCUUGUAGCCUACACCACUUCAGAGUUUGCAGGUCUGUCUAAUAAACUAGUGCUUGCAAGAUGUGAAUUAAGAUAAUGUUAAUGUUAUCUUAUUUGAGAUGAUUACAUUCAUGACAGCCAGAGUGACAAGGGCAGUGUUUGCUCUGUUUAUUUUAUUAUUUUUUUAAAUAAAAUAAAAUGUGAGCUUUUGUUAAACCAAGUAUUGUGUUUUUUUUUCAUAUAUAACAACCGAUCUGGAUUUGAUAAGGAAUCGGUUCGAUAAGAGGAUUCGAUAAUGGCAUCGAAAUCGAUAAUUUCUUAAACAUAAUCCCUUUAAAACGGUUUCAAGGUGACAAGAGUUUAAGAUCACUGUGCUUUUUGCACAGAAUUCAAAUUGCACUAUCAGCUGCCAAGAGGUUACAAUACAUUAAAAAAGAACAGUGGCUUAUAGCCUCACACUGUUGCAAAAUAAACAAUACUGUGCUUAUAAAUAUGAUCAUAAAUAAGUCAACUAUUUUACAUUCUAAAAAGAACAGCCUUGGCCUGGAGCUUUCAAGUAUAUUAAACAAAACAUACUGUUCUUAACAUUCUUUCAUUAUAGCGGUAGUGUGACGUCAUUAUGUAAUUUGUAAUGAAAUAAGUUAAUUAAAAGGUUAACAUAUUCAUAGACAAACGUGUUUAUUCGUUAUGACUAUCAACAGUUCUGUCUUUUUUCAUUACGCCUUUCAUUUUAGCUCUAUUUUUCCUUUUGUUUUUUUUAUUUAUACAAUGUGCGACUGGCUCAUUAAAAAAAGAUCCUGCUUUCCUGGUUAAAUAAAUAAAGCAGUGUCUCUAA